UUGGACUAGCUCACGAUGCAUGUUAUUUCUUCCUCGUGGACCGCCAUUAUAGUGGUUUUCUUGGAGCUGGGUACCGCGAUUUUGAGAAUUUUUCGAGUUUACUCUUAUAAUUAUAUCAAGCAGGCUUAUUGAGCACAUUAGAUGAUUCAAAUGCAAUCGAAUCCGGACAGUCAAAACAUGACUUUCAUAGUAUCAAAAGACAGAACUUGUUUCAGGAGACUAAUGUUAACAUAAUUAGUCUCAUCAUUCUCCCAGUUGACAUUUACUUGAGCCGUAAGCACCGCCGUGUUAAGCAGGGAUACUUCUACACGGACUGCCAUUACGGACUAUAUCAUUAGACGUGUAACCAGUAGUUUAUAGUUCAUUAUUCAUCGAUUACUAAAGGUAGUGAAUGACGUCAUUAAUCUGUAUUCAAAGGCCUACUGAUAUACACGGAAGCAUUAUGGAGCCUUUGCAGGAAAUCGAGCUGAUAUCACUAGCUGAAGACAUAGGUCCGGGCAAAUACUCAAAACUGUGCAACGCCCUGGGGUAUACCUAUGCAGUUAGUCAAUCACACAUCGUCAAACAUCUGAACAACGUCAAUGAAGCUCUGGUGGAGCUCCUCAUCAAAUGGAAUAACAAUCAAGCAGACAGCACCCAGACUCGAUCCAUACUAGCAAGCAAACUCCAUGAAUUACGACUUCGUGAUUUAGGUGAUAGACUAUCAGAAGGUAAAUAUCUACCUAACCAGCACGACUCACAUGAGCACAAGAAGACUCCAGUGCAGACUAGCCCAGGUAUUGCGGCACAUGGUGGUAUUGUCGAUGAUCUUGUCUUCAAGCUGGCUGAAGACAUCGAGACGGGUGAGCAGACACAGGCCUUAGGACGAACACUCGGAUUCAAGGUCGCAGCAAUCAAUAGAUACACAGAGACCAACAGGAUAGAAGGACGGGUGACUUGUAAGGGAACACGUGAGAUGUUGUUUGACUGGAGACAGACUGUGGUGCCUUGCGACCAACAUGUCAAACUGAAACAAGCUCUCAUUGACGCUAAGCUGGUCAUGCUUGGUGAUAAACACCUCAAGGGGACACCAAGUUAUCAAGAUAUCUACAGUGAGAAGAUCUCGGAAUCCUUGACUGUUCAGCAAUGUCGCGAAAAAUUGGAGAGUAGGUACAUAAAUCAAUUGUGCAAAAUUCAAAUGAAGCCGUGGGAUCACAAUGAUUAUGCUGAGUUUGAAGAUAUGCACACGGUUGUCACAAUGGUGCAGAAGGACGCUCACGGAAAAGACAAGAAAAAGAAAGAAAUACUCCAGGGUUCUGUUGCUGACAUAUUUUCAACGAAAGUAAACGGCAGACUGCCAGCUCGAAUCCUCAUUUCGGCCCCCGCUGGACGAGGGAAGACCACGGCUGUUGCUAAGAUGGCUUACGACUGGGUUCACAGAGAAAGGGGGUCAGCAUUAGAACACCUGCCACUUCUGUUUGUUGUAAAAUUCCGAAACACAAAUCAGCUUACAUCGAUCGGAGAAGCUAUCAAAUCCCAGCUGCUGAGUGAUGUUGAUGAUCUCACACCAGAGGGUCUGGAGAGUUUCAUCAGAAAGAAUCAGGGAAUCUGUCACAUCAUACUAGAUGGACUAGAUGAGUAUGCGGGUAUUACUUCUUCAAAGCGAAGCUCAGAGAGCAAUAUUGUAAGUGUCAUCCGCUGGGAGGAAUUUCCAGACUGUCGGGUCCUUGUAACAACACGCCCUCACCUAGAAAACUUCUUCAAUCAAGCGGAACUUCCAAGGGUGUACACAAAGAUGUGGAUCGAAGGAUUCUCGCAAGGAAGCUCACGAGAGUACAUCGACAAGUUCUUUGCUUCGACUUCGAAUCCAUGUGGUGCAAAUGGACAUGGUCUGAAGGUUUACCUUGAUAAGCAACCACUUAUUAAUGAACUUGCUAAAACACCUCUAUUUUGUCUCAUGGUGUGUCACUUAUGGAGCGAGGGGCUUUUAAACACUGAAAUUGCAACUCAAACAGAAUUAUUAGACAGCGUGAAUGAUUUUCUGAUGCACCAUGCCAAUGCCCGAGCAACAUCAACAGACAACAUAACAGAAGAAGAACUAAUCAAAAUCAUUCUUAAACUGGGUAAGGUUGCUCUAGCUGGUCUGAUCGAUGACUCUAAAAAAAUAGUUUUUACGCCCCAUGAUUUCCGAAGAGUUCCCGCUAUCCUUGAUAGGGCAUGUGAGCUUGGGAUAUUAUCCAACAUGACGAUUGCAACGACAAGGCUCCCACGAUCCCACAAGACUACAUCCACGACCAUUGAGUUUUAUCACAAACUCGUUCAGGAGCACUCGGCUGGGAAAUACCUCGCUGCUAAAACGAAGAAAUAUAUGUUACGACUGAAGAUUUCUAAGUUGGACAGACUACUGCACAAUAUCAAGGCAAACAUCGGUGACUAUGAGAAUCUCAUCCGAUUCGCUGCUGGCACAGAUAACGGCCUUUGCAUACGAAUAAUGGAGGCGCUCCUUUCCAACCGCUUUUUGGAUGAGAGCGAGCGAUAUCGCAUUCUUCUUGACUGUUCAUCAGAGACCAAGAGUACUGGAGGAAACGUGUCUUCAUUGGUUCAACGAUGUGUAACUGCACAGAGAAAUGUUCUUAAGUCACCAACUGUCUACACCGUCGUUGGGAUGCAAAAUCUUCCAAUGGAACUAAAACACAAGGGUACUGCAUUCUAA